AUGGAGAUUGAAAAUGCCACAAGCCAGGAUAAGCAGCUUACGGAGGUGGUAGAUGCUCUGGAAACGGACGUUUGGCCAGCGCAUCUAAAGCAAUUUCAAGUGCUAGGCAGCGACUUGACCAUGCGCGAUGGAAUGCUGAGCAAAAUGGGUUGUGCAGUGAUACCCGAAUGCCUACGCCAGAAAACCCUGGCGGUUGCUCACGAGGGCCAUCCAUCGACAGCAAAAUUUAAGAGCAUUUUGAGAGAGCGUGUUUGGUGGCCCGGUAUGACGAAGGAUGCAGAGGCAUGGAUGACAUCAUGUGCCGUUUGUGCAACCAACGGCAGGCCCGAACGGCCCACUCCCAUGGCUCGAGUUUUCGCACCAAAAGCGGUGUGGGAGACCAUUGGCUUGGAUUUCAACGGCCCCUAUGCGAAAUUCGGAGGUAUCUCGAUUCUAGUCAUUGUGGAUUAUCGUUCUAGAUAUGUGAUCGCCAAGCCCGUGAGAUCUACGAGCUUCGAGCAUACCCGAAAAAUUUUGGAAGAAGUCUUUGAGAAGGAAGGCUAUCCGAAGAACAUGAAAUCGGACAAUGGCCCCCCCUUUAAUGGGGAUGACUACAGGGAGUACUGCCUGAAGCGUGGCAUCAAUGCCACCUUUUCCACGCCGUUAUAUCCCCAACAAAACGGUUUAGCAGAGAGUUGCAUGAAGUUGGUGAAUAAGGCAAUGAGUGCUGCAUCGGCAAGCGGAAAAGGCUAUGGAGAAGAAUUGACUGCAGCGGUUCAUGCUUAUAACGCAGCUGCCCACUCCGUGACGGGCGUACCACCGGAGGAAGUGAUGACGGGUCGGAAGAUCAAACGUGGGCUUCCUCUGCUGUGCCGUGGAAAGGCCACCUUCGACGACAACCUGCUCAACGCAAAGGAUAUGAAAUUAAAAAUCGAGGCGAAGAUACGAGAAGACACAAAACGAGGGGCUCGUCGAUGCCGUAUUAAACUCGGAGACACGGUUGUUGUAGAGCGUCAGUCUCGAUCAAAAGGAGAAUCGCGGUUUGAUCCCCGCAAGUAUACGGUUACAGAUGAACGAAACGGAAUGCUUGUUUUGACCGAUGAAAACGGCCAGAUUUUAAAGAGACACGUGUCACAGACGAAGCAAGUCUACGACUGGAAGGACCCUGAAGAAGUCGUUCGCUCGGAAUAUCCCAAAGAUUGCCGCAUUGCUCAGGAAGUUAUUCCAGCUUCUUCGCAGACAGAAAGCCCACAACCUGGCGUGACUGCGCGUCCGGUUCGAGCAAGAAGAAUGCCGGAGUAUUUGAAGAACUACGUAAGUGUUUUGGAAGAAGAAUAA